AUGAUAUCGCGUCCAACACUUCAAUCGGGUAUGAAUAGCUCUGCUUCAACUAUAACUAAAACUUCCACAGAUGAUGAAAGCAUAAUAUCCAAGAAAAGAGUUAUGAAUGAAAGCAUGAUGUCACCACAGCUCAAGGAUAUACAACAAUUUGAAGGUGCAAAAUCUACUGAUGGUAAUUUAAUGAAAACUCCAAAACAUAAUUCAAUAACUUCAUCUCAAAAUUCACAAGGCUCACAAGGUUUAAGAAGAUCUGUUGGUCUACUGAACCUAUCUAUUGACCGUUCACCAAAAUUUGAAGACUCUAGUUCUCCAAAGCUUACCUUAAAGAAAAAUAAAUCAUUAAAAAUUGAGGACUAUGAUAAUGAACAUGGUAUUGAUGAAGAUGAUUUGAAGUACAUUGAUGAUGUUGAGAAUUGGUCCCCAUUUAAAGAACCUUCUACUCCAACAGUCUCAAAGCAAAAACCAGCAUCAUUAAAAAGACAAGCAAGUAAUAGUGGAAGUCUUUCGCCUUUCAUCAAUGAUAAUCAAAAACCAUUAAUAUUUAGUUCAUCUAAAACUGGUGCAUCAAAAAGAAAUUCUAUAAAUAUGAAGUUCAACAAAUUAAGAAAAAUGGUUUCUUUAGAUAAAAUGACUUAUGAAGCUGAAUCUCCAUUUGAUAAUGAAUUACAUCCACUGCCUAAUCCUUCAAUACAUUAUCAAAACAAUAAACAAACUCAUGAUAUAGAAUCCCCAGGUGAAUCACCAUCAAGACCUGCUAGACAGAGACCAAAGCUAGAUAUUCAAACAAAUCAGAUGCCAAAUAAAACAUUAUUGAAUUUGAAAUUAAAUGAAUCUCAACAAGAACCUGAUUUCAUAACACCAAAUUCAUACAAAUUUGUUAAACCUCUACAGACUGCAUUUAUGUCAUCAGGGUUAUUAUCCAAAAAGAAUAGAAAAUUAAGUGAUUCAUCAAUACAUCCACCAGAGACACCAUGUAAAAAACCAAUGCAGUUGAACGUGACACAAACAAACAAUAAACCUUCAUUUCCAAGCUCAAACCUAUCAAAUGUGAUAAAUGCUGAUGCUACAAGUUCACCGAUGAUUAAUGACAAAUCAACUCCAAUACCAAAAAGUGAUGAUAGAGACCAAUACAAUAAUAAUAACGAAUCCCCAUCUGUGCUGAGUUGCUCAUCAUCUUUACCUAGAUCAGCUAGAGCUUUAAAUACCCAUGAACUAAGAGAUUGUAUUCUUAAAUUUGCUAAUGAUUUUGAUGAUAGUAAUGAUUCAAUAUUUGAUAAUGAUGGUGAUAUAAGUUUACAUGAUCCUUCAACUCCAACACGCUCUUCAACAACUGCUAAAAAUGGUGCUUUUUCUAAAAGUCUGAAAUUAGAUUUACAAAGUCUUUCACAUCAACCUCCAACCCCUUCAAAUGGUAAAUAUACACCAAGAACACCAGUGGAUCCAACUAUGGAUACAAGUGGAGAUCUAUCAAAUAUGACAAGUUUUGGCGGUUCUAAUGUUUCAGCCUUCCAAACAAAUAAUCAAUCAUAUAGUUCUUCAUUUGAUGAACAUUUAGUUUCAAAAUUUGAGAAUGUUCAAACCAUUGGUACUGGUGAAUUUUCUAAUGUUUAUGAAAUCACAUUUCAAAGUUCCAAAUAUGCUGUUAAAAGAAUCAAAACACCAUUUUUAGGUUCUAAGAGAAGAAAACAAAUUUUUGAAGAAGUUGAAAUUUUGAAAAUUUUACAAGAAAACAAACCAGAAGAUGAUGAAGGUAAAGAAUAUGUUAUUAAUUUCAUUAAUGAAUGGGAAUUCAAUGAUCAUUUAUAUAUUAUGACUGAAUUUUGUGAAAAUGGAUCAUUGGAAAAAUAUUUAAUUGAAAAUGGUACAAAUUCAAAACUUGAUGAAUGGAGAAUUUGGAAAAUUUUAGUUGAAAUAAGUAUGGGUUUGAAAUAUAUUCAUGCUUGUGAUAUAUUACAUCUUGAUUUAAAACCAGCAAAUAUAUUUAUUACUUUUGAAGGUUCAUUAAAAAUUGGUGAUUUUGGUAUGGCAUGUAAAUUCCCAACCCCUUCAACUUUUGAAAGAGAAGGUGAUAGAAAUUAUAUUGCACCAGAAAUUAUAUCCAAACAACUUUAUGAUAAACCUGCUGAUAUUUUCUCAUUUGGUUUAAUUAUGGUUGAAAUUGCUGCUAAUAUCAUUUUACCUGAUAAUGGUCUUCCAUGGCAAAAACUUAGAUCUGGUGAUUUAUCAGAUGCUGGUAGAUUAAGUUCAACCGAGUUGAGUUAUAAUUUAACACAUGAUUCAAUUUCCAAAAAUUCAACCUAUUCAUCUUUAUUAAAUAAUUCAAAUGAAAGUGGUUCAUCUUAUUCAUCAGUUGAAGAUUCAAAUAUGAAAAAAAUUCCAUCUUGGACUCCAAAAUUUUUAAUUGAUGGUAAAGGAGCCCUGGAUAAAUUAGUUAAAUGGAUGAUUGAUCCUUCACCUGAAAAAAGACCAACUGCUGUUAAUAUCUUAGAUUCGUUAGAAGCUCAAUUUGUUGAAGUUAGAAGAAAAGCAGGUGCUGUUAUUUUCGAAGGUGAAUAUGGACCUCCUCCAGAUCAUGAAGAAGAAGCAUUUAUGAAUAAUGAUUUAAAGAAUUUGAAUUUCAAUACCAAUUCUUUAUUAACAAUAACUGGUAAUGGUGAAUCAACUAAUGAAGGUUGGUGA